UUCUAAUGUAUUAAAUAACAGCUUAGAAAGUACAGAGCGAAAAUAUUAUUUUCUAUCGAAAAACUUGUACUUACGAAUGUUAUUAUAAGAAAGUAAAAAUACGAAAAGUUGUAUCAAAUUUUCAUGAAAAUGAUAAACAUUUCCGUGGAACCAUGAAUGCAAUUCUUCAGUUCUACCUUUCUAAAUGAACGUCCAGCUGAUGGAAAGUUUAAAUUACUAUCACAAAGGCAUAGUUAAUUAUGAAUUACUUUUAACUACCCGCAGUUUCUUCGUGAUCUGUUCUACACCAUGAACACUUUCUCAUGUAAUAAUGCAUUGUCAUUAGGUUAGAGAAAGUAAUAAAUAGACGAAUCGAACUUUCCAUUGUAAAUAGCGAAAAUUUCUGUGAAGAUCAAAGUCUACUGCUUUAAAAGACACUUGGACCCAUUUAAAUAUUUUAUUUUGAGAUAUAAAGCGAAAAUUCUUCAACAAAACAGUGUAAAUAUACAUACAGGACAAACUAUCUUCAGUAAAACAUAGGAAAGUAUAGCAAUCAAAGUACAGAGGACCAACGAAAAGCUGAAAUUCCGAAUAUAUCAUCAGAAAUAAUUCAUUAGUAAGAAGAUUUGAUCAUCCGAGUUUUCGAAAAUCCUUCAAAAUGAUAACAUCACUCAAUUGUUCCAUCAACAGAAAAAUGUUACCAAUGAAACUCCAUUAUCUCUUCUAUGCAUUGGGUACUGGUGCAGUUUUACCUUUCUUCCCAUUAAUAGCAAAGAAUAUUGGGAUUAGUGCUUCAGGAUUAGGAUUAACAUUCGCUGUAGUUCCAUUUUUCACUAUAAUAGUUAAUCCCCUUUUCGGUGUCCUCACUGAUAAAUUCAAAAAAAUUAAAUUUAUUCUCAUGUUCUUCAUUGCCAUUCAAUCAAUUUUCUAUUUUUCAAUUAAUUUUAUUCCUCGUAUUGAAAAGGAGAAAAUCAUUUUCUCUGAUAUAAAAUUUCAUUGCGACGAUGGAAACAUGAAAAACUUCACGAAAAAUUCGAAUAUUUCAUCAACAAAUACAUAUAAUAACACAUUGCAAUGUCGUGCAAUAUGUUUUGUAUGGAACAAUAGCGAGGUAUUUUCACAAAAUUCUUUCAAUUUUACCAGAGAUUUAACUUUAAACAAUGACCAAGACUUACAAAUCGAUAAUUUUACAUCUUCAAUUUGUUCUCAGUUUAAUAAAGAAUGCCAAAUUAAAUGCUUUGUAGAUGGAGACGAAGAAGACAAUUCAUUUGUCCAUUAUCAGUAUUGGCUAUUCGUUAUCAUAACAGCUAUUCCCGUUGUAAUUACUAAUGCAAUUAUAGCAAUAUCUGAUACUGCUUGCUACGAAUCUCUAGAAGGAAGAGUUAAUCAAUUUGGUAAACAAAGAGUAUGGCUUUCUAUUGGGUGGGGAAUUAUACAAUUAACUACCGGAUACGUGGUUGAAUUAGCAAAUAAAGGAAACGAUGGCAAAACAGAUUUUUCUAUUUGUUUCUAUGUCAUGCUACCUUUAAAAUUUAUCGACAUUAUCGUUGUUAGUUUUACAGAUAUGAAAAAGGAAAAAACUUCAAGAAACAUAUUUAAAGAUGUUAGAAAGAUAUUUGUAAAACUUCAUCCUUUUAUUUUCAUAAUUGCAGUAUUUUUUAUAGGGGCAAUCAAUGGUAUGUUGUGGAAUUAUGCUUUUUGGUAUUUCGAACAACUGGGUGCUAACAAAAUAUUUAUGGGAAUAACUUCAGCCGUUAAUGUUAUAUUUGCUGAAGUUCCUUUUAUGUUCGUAUCCGGUUGGAUUAUUAAAAGAAUUGGAAGAGAUAACAGUAUUUCAAUGGCUUUUCUAUCAAGUUCUGUAUGGUGUUUCACUGCUUCGUUUAUGUACAAUCCUUGGUGGAUUUUAAUAGCUAAUUUAUUUCAAGGUCCUGCAUAUGGUCUUUUUCAAGCAGUCAUGACUUCUUAUGGAAAACUCGUGGCUCCUCCGGGAACAGAAGCAACUAUGCAAACGAUUCUAGGAGCAACGUUUCAUGGUUUAGGUAUAGGUACCGGCAGUUUACUAGGAGGAUUCAGUUUUGAUAAUUUCGGUGGUCGAAUGACUUACCGUUUUCUUGGAUAUUUCACUUUAAUUACAGCUGCAGUAUAUAAAUGCAUUACACUAUUUAUAGCAGGAGAAAAUACCGUAAUUAAAGAAGAAGAAAGAAACAAACGAAUGGAUAUGACAAAGACAACUGGAAAACAAUAGAGACACAUCAGAAUAUAGAUUCAUCCAGGAUCCAGUAAAUUAUUAAAUAAUUCAACACUUUGUCAUCACCUUUCU